ACAGAUCACAAAUAAAUCUCGGAUCCAUCACUUCGACCACUGCCCAACAGGUACACAUCGCAUCAAUCCGCCCUUCUAAAGGCUUUCCAUUAAAAGAGACAGAAGGAUAUGGUUCGCCUCUCAUACGGCUCUACAGUUAUUUGGGGUCAAAUUGCUGCUUCUCUGCUGCUGCUUCUCUUGAGCCUUGCUAGCAAACCAACCGAUGGUCUUCAACCACUACCGGUAGCAAACCGUGCCGAUACCAAUCUUGUGGAACGUCAAGGCAUUCGUCUGGUGACUUGGAAUCUCUUGGCUCCCGUCUUUAGUCACCCCCAGAAAUAUCCCUGGUGUAGUGCAGAAGCCCUGUCAUGGCCAUUUCGAGAAAAACUCAUUGUGGAACUGCUGCAAGAAACGGAUGCCGAUGUUAUUUGUCUGCAAGAAGUGCAAACAGAUCUGUGGGAAGGUUUUCUGCAGCACUUCUCCCAGUCUUACGAUGGAAUACUCCAAAAUGUUACCAACCAACAUCCCGUCACCAAUGCCAUUCUACUCAAAAAGAACAAGUUCCAAGUUAUUCAACAAGAGUCCAGAUCCAGAGCCCUCAUUCUGGUUCUAGAUCACCUUAUUGAUGGGGAGACGAAUUCUGGUUCCACUGACAGCAACAAAAACAACAACAAUCCGCUCUACCUGGCCAAUGUCCACUUGCAAGCAGGAAUGGAGGACGAUGAAACCAGAAUGUGCCAGCUCAAAUCACUCCUCAAAAGACUCAACACCCAUUCGUCAAGAAUCACAGCAGCCAGAAAAAGUACCGGUCGCAAAAAGGCACAAAAAAGUUCCACAACCAAGGCCAAGUCGCCAUCUUGUGUGGUAGUAGGUGAUUUUAACAUGCUGCCAACAAACCCAGUCUACUAUUGGUUAUCAGAGACAAACUCUCCUAGACAUCAAAUCGAGCAAGGCAACAAGAAGCACUUUUUCUUUCAAGACGGCAAACAGAAACUGAGCAAGCUAAUGUUUCCCAUGAAUGGUAAACACAACGAAAUUUUGCCACUAAAGGAUGUCCAUAUACAGGAACCACCACCCGUAUUGAUACAGACAACCAAAUCAACAACAGAAAAACAGCAUGACGAUGAUACCAUUCAAAUGACUUAUUGUGGUGGAGGUAGACUCGACUACAUUUGGACUCUUCCAAGUUCCUCCAUUGAUGUUGUGAAGACUAUGGUAUUUCAUCCGCAAGCUUUUGAGAAAAGUCGACAACAAUGGCCAUCCAAUGAGCAUCCAUCGGAUCAUCUUCCUGUUGGAUUCGAAUUCACCUGGUAGCGGAUUGUUUCGAUUUUCAAUUGGAGCAGCGCCGUACUGUAGCGGGUGAAUGGCCUUGAUUUUCAAUUGAGUCAUGAUUUCAGAAUACAACCGCCAAAAAUGGCUAUGAAAUGGUGCAAUUGUCGAGAAAGCAACGGUCAAUUCGUUCUCUAGCAUCUGCAUCAUCAUCGUCGUCGUGAUUACAUUGUCCCAGUCUCUUUGCUACAAACGUUGGCAACACAAAGGCUGCCAUGUGCGUUUGUGGAUUGUACCAUUGGAGGUCCUGGACAAAGUCUGGUAUUCUCGUUGGGCGUCUACAAGUGCCACUCUUUGUCCCUUUUCCCGCCAAAAUGAAUCCAAUCUGUCCACACGGAUAGGUGGGGACCAUGGUGCUGGCAUAUUCAGCAUGUGAGAAAAUUUCAUUGGAACAAGCAUGCAAGUCACUUAUGAGAUCCAAAUGAAUCCAAAAACUCUCGGCUUGCACACACACGAUACCCUCUGGAGCCAAAGCAUUGUACAUUUUUUCAUAAAAUGCCGGUUCAAAGAGACUCUGUGCUGGACCGAUGGGAUCCCCAUUGUCGGUAAUGAUAACGUCAAAUUCCGCCUCUCUAGCCGCAAUGAAAUUGGCUGCGUCAUCUUGCACAAUGGUCAAGCGUGGAUCUUCAAAAGCAUCCCGAAUAUCUUGUCUAAAGUACUGUUUCGCGACUUGUGUGACCAUGGGAUCGAUUUCAACCAAUGUAAUGGAUUUCACACAUUUGUGUUUGCGCACCUGCCGCAAAACGCCUCCAUCUCCGCCACCGACAAUGCAGACUGAUUUUGGAUUAGGAUGUGAACAAAGUGGAAGAUGAACCAUCAUUUCAUGGAAUGCGAACUCGUCUCGUUCCGUUAGUUCUGAUGUUCGAUCGAUCGAUGUGGUAGUGAAAGCAGAUAGAUGUUGCAGGGUUUGUUAGGAUAACGAAAUAAAGGAAUGACAGUGGAUUGAUUUGGGAUGGAGCUAGCUAGCUAGGUCGAUAGAUAGACACCUUAACUCACGGAUAACUCCAUCCAGUACUAAGACGUUUCCAUACUGAGCCGACCGAAACACCAGUAUCUUCUGAUGUCCGGAGUCUUGGUGGAAGAGCACUGACUUUUGCUCUGAGAAUUCCUGGGUGUCCAUGCG